AUGCCGAGCGUAGAUAAUUCUCAUGAAGAAUCUCAAUACGUUUCAACUCCGUUCACUUGGUCGCAAUGGGGUGAACAUGUUUGUAUAGCUGGUUCAUUUGAUCCUCCAACACCAACAUGGACUCCAAUUGACAUGCCAAAAAAUUCAGAUGGUGUUCACGAAGCAAUUUUGAAGUUGUUACCAAAUAAAAAAUAUUAUUAUAAAUUUGUUAUUGAUGGUAAUUGGGUUUUGGAUCCUACUUUAGAUUCUUACCCUGAUGACCAAGGAAAUUUUAAUCAUGAAAUAUGCGUGGAUCCAGUUCCUGAUGAAAAAUCUUACGAGAAACCUGUUGCGGAGGAUCCUCCUCGUAACGAGGAGGAAGUUCCAGAUGUUCCAAAAGUGGUGGUUGAAGAAAUUCAUCUAAACGAUGAGAAAGUUGGAGAAUCAAACGUCACUGAUGAAAAUGAUGAAUUAACCAAUGAACCCUUGGACAAACGGGAACCAACAGAAAUAGUCAUUUCACCCGAAAUUGAAGAACCCUCUCCGGACCCAAUCAUUUAUGACGAUGUUUCAAAAGAAACCAUUAAUGAACCUGUAUCCACAGAAUACGUCGCAAUUGAUAAUUCUCCGGCCCCAAUCGUUGACGACGGUGUAUCAAAAGAUGAACCUGUAUCCGGAGAAAACGUCGCAACUGAGAUUCCUCAGGCCCCAAUCGUUGACGACGAUGUAUCAAAGGAUGAACCUGUAUCCGCAAAAAACGUCGCAAUUGAAAAUCUCCAAUAUAUCGAAUCACAAAAUACUUCCAAACCCAUCAAGAUGAAAAUUAACCCUGUUGACAUUGAUGAAGAUGUCGAAGAAAUAAAUAUUAGUCAUAAUUCGACUCUUGAACAAGAAAGGAAAGUGGGAACGGACGAUAAAAAAUCACCAAAUAUUCCACCACAAGGAACUGUUCAAAUUGAAGAUUCAAAAAUUUCGAAAACUUCAACGGUAGAUCCAGCUGAAUUGGAUAUGUUCAAUAAUCUUACUUGGGCUAAAGAUGAUUUAUCAGACGACGAUGUUGAUGCUUCUAGUUCUUGGUUAGAACCACCAAUGGCAGAUUACGUUGACCCACCUUCUACAUGGGAUCUAAAUAAAAGUGAAUCCGUUGUAUGGGCUGAAGAUUCUCCAGAUUCUAACAUUGAAUGGCCAGAUAUCGUUCACGCUAAGCAAGAACAAUUGGCAAGUUCCUGGAGGGAUGAACUUCUCAAAAAGUCCGAGGAACACGCAAACGAUGAGGGAAUUCAAUCACGUGAAGAAACUGCUUCUGAGCAGAUAAAACAUUCAAAUGAGGCUUUGUUAAAUGAAAUUCCAUCAUCGACAAAUAUCAACGAGAAGUCACCCGUAAAUAGAACCUUUGAAGAAAAUAGUGAAAAGAAAAAGGUCCUUGAGUUCAAGGAGAGUGUUGUUGAACGUGAUCACGAUGUUUUGAAAAAUAAACUAGUUAUUAAAGAAAACAUUACCUACGAGGACGUUAAUACAACGUUUGAAAAACCAGAAAGUAGUGCUACAGCUUCUAUGAAGAUAUCGUCAAUACCCACAGUUGUUACAGCAGCACCAGUAAUCGUAGAUAACACAAUGUCACAAGAUAAACAACUUGAUGACUAUUUAGAUCAAGGUAUUGAAGAAGAAAACCGAUCAAGAGAACAACAUGAUUUCGUUAUUUCAAAGACGAUCGAAGUUCUGAAGAAUUUAGAGCAAGAACCCCAAUCAAUCUCGAAUGCUCCGGGUGCCAAGAUAAGUCAACGUAAGAUCAUUUCGUUUUCACCAAAUUCGUCACCUGGUGAAUCAACGCGAAAUGUUGAUACAUGUAUUCAAAAUAUAGCUACCUUGUCAUCACGAGGAAUAUCAACUCAAACCAAAGAAACCACCAUCAUAAAGUCCAAGUCAAAGAAACCUAAAGAGAUGACAACUUCUCGAGAGAUAUCACAAAAAGAUCCAAUUUUAGCUGUCCAACGUAAUGAUAUUGUAGAUAGUGGGGGUGGUAUUAUUUAUUUGGUUACAUCAUUAGCAACAACGUUUACUCUUGGAAUAAUUUCUAUGCUAUUUAAAGCCGUUUUUGGAAAGAAAAAGAAUAAAUAA